AUGGCUCAACCAGAAUUCAAGAACAAGGAUUUGUUUAAAGCAAAGCCUUUUGUGAACGGUCAAUGGAUCGAAUCCAAAUCCCGUAACACCUUCAAAGUAUACGAUCCAGCUACUGAGAAAGAAAUCAUAGAAUUGCCAGAUCAAACAGAGGAAGAAAUUGAAGAUGCUAUCAAGGUUACCUAUGAGGCUUUCAAAUCUUAUAAAAAGACUAGUCCCUAUGAAAGAGCCAAGUGGUUGAGAAGACUAUACGAACUCAUGAUUGAAAAUGCAGAUGACUUGGCAAAAAUUAUUACAUGGGAAAAUGGAAAAUGUUUAUCGGAUGCAUUAGGAGAGGUAAAGUAUGCGGCCUCAUACUUUGAAUGGUUCUCCGAAGAAGCGAAGCGUAUUUACGGACAUACGAUUCAACCUUCAAACCAAAAUAAUAAAGUUUUAACUUACAAGCAGCCUGUGGGAGUAUGUGGUCUUUUGUGCCCAUUCAAUUUCCCUUCUGCUAUGGGUGCAAGGAAGGCCGCCCCUGCUUUGGCAGUCGGAUGUACUUGUAUUUUGAAACCAGAUGGUCAAACUCCAUUAAGUUCUUUGGCGUUAGCUUAUUUGGCUGAUAAAGCAGGAUUCCCCAAGGGCGUGUUUAAUGUCGUAUUGACAUCCACAGAGAAUACACCCAUGUGUGGAUUGAAAUUCUGCGAGUCACCCUUAAUAAAAAAGGUCUCAUUCACUGGCUCAACUAGGGUUGGGAAAUUGCUUAUGAAACAAUCCCUGUCUACUUUAAAGAAGCUUUCCAUGGAGUUGGGUGGUAAUGCCCCUAUAAUUGUGUUUAACGAUGCUGACUUAGACCUCGCGGUCACGCAUUCAAUUGCGUCUAAAUUUAGGUCCUUAGGUCAAACAUGCGUUUGUGCUAAUAGAAUCUAUAUUCAAAGCGGAAUCUAUGAUAAGUUUUGUAAAAGAUUUGUCGAGGAAGUUAAGAAAUUUAAAAUUGGCAAUGGAUUUGAAGAAGGAGUUACUCAUGGUUGUUUGAUUAAUGAAAAUUCAAUAAAGAAGGUUGAAGAUCAUACCAAGGAUGCAACCGACAAGGGGGCAGAGGUUCUAAUAGCAGGGGGAAGAUUGCCAAAACUUGGUAAACAUUUCUACUCCCCAACAGUUUUAAGAAAUGUGAGUCAAGAUAUGAAAGUGACCUCUGAGGAAACAUUUGGACCUUUGGCGGCUUUGAGCAAAUUUGAAACGUCUGAGGAAGUUAUUGAAUGGUGUAAUGAUUCUCCUUUCGGAUUAGCAUCAUACAUCUUUUCGGAAAAUAUCAAUAAUAUCUGGUAUUUGAGUGAAUUUUUAGAAAGUGGAAUGGUGAGCGUAAAUACUGGUCUCUUCACCGAUGCCGCUAUGCCAUUUGGCGGCGUUAAAGAGAGCGGUUUUGGAAGGGAAGGAUCAUUAUAUGGAAUUGAGGAUUAUACAGUUGUCAAAUCUAUUACAUUAGGAAACGUCUAUCGUUAA